AUGGAAACCCGUCCCAACCAUGGGUUCUAUGAAUUCGUGUCAAAAGGAAAUCUUGAACGAGCCGAGGAAUACUAUACCCGGGCUAUUCUAGCAGACCCUGGAGAUGGUGAAAUUCUGUCACAAUAUGCUAAACUAGUGUGGGAGCUUCAUCGGGAUAGAGAAAGAACGACAAGCUACUUUGAACGAGCAGUUCAAGCCGCUUCUGAGGACAGCCAUGUGCAUGCAGCAUAUGCCAGUUUCCUUUGGGAAGCAGGAGAAGAUGAAGAUGAAGAUGAUGCACUUAACGAUCCCCAUGCGCCACCCCUUUUCCAUAAGGCAGGCAUGGCUUCUGUAACUGCUUAA